AUGGGACGCGAAGACGGAAUCAUGUUGAACGUUCAACACUCUACUCCGGAGACCUCUUCUUUGGACGUCCCUUCCCAAAAGGCAGGCACGGUGCAGGAUAAGCAAGACAUGUGGCGUGCCGGUCGAGAUCAGGAACUAAACAGAAACUUCCGGUUUCUUUCCGUGCUUGGAUUUACGGCGGUGCUUAUGUGCACAUGGGAAGCAGUUCUCUUUGGUUCAUCUAAUGGGUUGACCAAUGGCGGCAAAGGAGGUAUGAUCUAUACUUACCUGGGAGGCCUGGCAGGGUUCAGCUUUGUGAUCCUCUCAAUGGCUGAGAUGGCUUCCAUGGCCCCAUUGUCCGGUGGUCAGUAUCAUUGGGUGUCGGAGUUCGCGCCCCCGAGUGCUCAGGCUCUAUUGAGUUACAUUACUGGAUGGAUUUGUGUGUUAGGGUGGCACACUGGUAUCGCAGGAUGCUGCUAUACAGUCGCUAACAUGAUGGUCGGCGUGAUUGCGAUAAACUACCCCGACACGUAUGUCAAUAAGCCAUGGCACGUCACGCUGCUCGUCAUUGCAGUGUUUUUGGUAGCCUUGAUAUUCAACACAUUCCUGGCCCAGAAGCUUCCCUUGAUAGAAGGUAUCAUUUUGAUUGUGCACUGUUUUGGUUUCUUUGGAAUUUUGAUCCCACUUUGGGUGCUGUCCCCUAGGGUUCCCGCUUCCGAGGUAUUUGGUUCUAUAGAGAAUCGGGGUGGCUGGGAUAACAAUGGACUCGCCUGCAUGGCAGGACUGGUUGGACCCAUCUAUGCAUUGAUCGGCCCCGACUCGGCGGUUCAUAUGGCGGAGGAAAUUCGAGAUGCAUCCCGGGUGCUUCCUAUGGGUAUGGUCUGGACACUAAUCCUCAACGGGUCCACUGGCUUGAUUAUGAUAAUCACAUUUGCGUUCUGUGUGGGCGACAUUGAUAAAGUGCUUGAGUCUGAAACAGGCUUCCCCUUCAUCCAGGUCUUCCUCAAUGCUACGGGGUCAGUCCGUGCCACGACAGGAAUGACAGUUCUAAUUAUGAUCAUGCAAUUUUGUGCGGCAAUCAGUAACGUCGCCACAACCUCCCGUCAGAUCUACUCUUUUGCCCGAGACAAGGGCCUUCCUUUUUCCGACUUUUUGGCACAGGUUAACCCAACCUUCACUGUUCCACUGAAUGCCCUUUGCGUCAGUCUUGUCAUUAUCUCUCUCCUCUCCCUAAUUAAUAUUGGGUCUUCCGUGGCUUUCAAUGCCAUCAUGUCCCUCGGCACGGCCGCCCUUCUAUCCUCCUAUAUCAUUUCCAUCACCUGUGUUCGCCUUCGACGAUGGCGCAAUCAGCCCCUACCACCGGCUCGCUGGAGUAUGGGCAAGUUCACCCCCAUCUGUGACACUAUUUCCAUCAUGGUUUUGUUGGUCAUAUUGAUCUUUAGCUUCUUCCCCCUGACGAAGAAUGUGGACCCAAGUACCAUGAAUUGGAGUGUGGUAAUAUUUGGGGGUGUUGUUAUGGUUUCACUGGGUUAUUAUGUUAUAUAUGCACGGAAGGUAUAUAAGGGUCCAGUGACACGGGUGAGAAUGAUGCAGCAAUGA